UUCUAGUCUGUCCCGCAACUAGAGCAGGGAGAGAGGGAGAGAGAGGGAGCUGCUGCUGACAAGGCUGGUAGCCGGAUUGCGGGCAAAUGGAAGACUAGGAGUACGCAAAUACAAUAUAAUCAAUCGUGGAAGUGUGUCUACCGGUGGACUUGCACAAAAAUAAGAAGAUGUAGAUAACAGGAGGAGCCAAUGACGACUGUGGACCCUCCAAUGCCUAAGUCAGGAACAAAAACUUCAUUUCCAGCUUUAAUGGCGGAAUCUACUGAAGCGAAGGCCGUGGCCGAUGCGGAGAAGAAAAAGGAGCAGAGCCUCCCGUUUCACAAGCUCUUCUCAUUCGCAGACAGGUACGACUAUUUUUUAAUGGCUGCGGGAAGCUUAGGAGCGGUCGUCCAUGGCUCCUCGAUGCCUGUCUUCUUCCUUCUGUUUGGGGAUUUGGUGAACGGGUUUGGGAAAAACCAGUCGGAUUUGAAGAAGAUGACGGACGAAGUAUCGAAGUAUGCUCUGUAUUUCGUCUACCUCGGGCUUGUAGUUUGCUUUUCUUCGUACGCAGAGAUAGCAUGUUGGAUGUACACAGGAGAGAGGCAGGCUAUCACGCUGAGGAAGAAGUAUUUGGAAGCUGUACUGAAGCAGGACGUGGGAUUCUUCGAUACGGACGCAAGAACAGGAGAUAUUGUCUUCAGCAUUUCUACAGACACCCUCCUCGUCCAAGAUGCCAUCAGCGAGAAGGUGGGAAAUUUCAUACACUAUCUCUCGACGUUUCUGGCGGGAUUGGUGGUGGGUUUUGUAUCAGCAUGGAGGCUGGCGCUGCUGAGUGUUGCUGUCAUUCCAGGAAUUGCUUUUGCAGGUGGUUUAUAUGCAUAUACUCUUACUGGCCUCACUUCCAAGAGCCGGAACUCUUAUGCAAAUGCAGGCAUUAUCGCCGAGCAGGCUGUUGCCCAAGUUCGGACGGUGUAUUCGUUUGUUGGGGAGAACAAGGCCCUGAACUCCUACUCGGAGGCGAUACAGAACACGUUGAAGCUCGGAUAUAAGGCAGGAAUGGCAAAAGGUCUUGGUAUUGGAUGCACAUAUGGAAUUGCAUGCAUGUCCUGGGCUCUGGUUUUCUGGUAUGCCGGCGUUUUCAUACGGAAUGGGCAGACAGACGGUGGAAAGGCAUUCACCGCGAUAUUCUCUGCCAUUGUUGGUGGCAUGAGUUUAGGGCAAUCCUUCUCAAAUCUGGGAGCAUUCAGUAAGGGGAAAGCUGCUGGAUACAAGCUGAUGGAGAUAAUAAAACAGAAGCCCUCUAUAAUCCAAGACCCUACUGAUGGGAAGUGUUUGGCAGAGGUCAAUGGGAACAUAGAAUUCAAAGAUGUUACCUUCAGCUAUCCAUCACGACCGGAUGUCUUUAUCUUUCGAGAAUUUUCCAUCUUCUUCCCUGCAGGGAAGACUGUUGCAGUUGUUGGAGGUAGUGGGUCGGGAAAGAGUACUGUUGUGGCUUUGAUAGAAAGGUUUUACGAUCCUAAUCAGGGGCAGGUUUUGCUGGAUAAUGUGGAUAUAAGGACGAUCCAAUUGCGGUGGUUGCGAGAGCAGAUUGGUUUGGUGAACCAAGAACCAGCUCUUUUUGCGACCACCAUACUCGAAAACAUACUCUAUGGCAAGCCUGAUGCAACAAUUGCGGAAGUUGAAGCUGCUGCUACGGCUGCAAAUGCUCAUAGCUUUAUUACUCUGCUUACCAAUGGCUACAAUACUCAGGUAGGAGAGCGAGGAGUCCAGCUAUCUGGUGGCCAGAAACAGCGAGUUGCCAUUGCCAGGGCAAUGCUAAAGAACCCAAAAAUCCUCCUCCUCGAUGAAGCCACCAGCGCCCUUGAUGCAGGGUCAGAGAGCAUUGUCCAGGAAGCCCUGGACCGCCUCAUGGUCGGGAGAACAACUGUGGUUGUUGCCCACCGCCUUUCCACCAUAAGAAAUGUUGACAUGAUUGCUGUAAUCCAGCAAGGCCAGGUUGUUGAGACUGGCACCCAUGAAGAACUGAUUGCGAAAGGAAGCUCUGGUGCAUAUGCCUCUUUAAUCCGAUUCCAAGAGAUAGCAAGGAACAGAGACUUUGGUGCCCCUUCGACCCGUCGAUCACGUUCCUCACGCCUAAGCCAUUCACUUUCCACAAAGUCUUUGAGCCUCAGAUCUGGCAGCCUAAGGAACUUGAGCUAUCAGUACAGCACUGGAGCUGACGGUAGGAUAGAGAUGGUCUCAAAUGCCGAUAAUGACCGGAAAAAUCCUGCACCAAAUGGGUAUUUCUUCCGGCUUCUGAAGCUAAAUGCACCGGAGUGGCCUUAUGCAGUACUGGGUGCCGUUGGGUCCGUGCUUUCGGGGUUUAUAGGUCCGACAUUUGCAAUUGUGAUGAGUAAUAUGAUAGAGGUGUUCUACUAUCGGGAUUAUGAUGUAAUGGAGAGGAAGACAAAGGAGUUUGUGUUCAUCUACAUAGGUGCUGGGCUUUAUGCUGUGGUAGCCUAUCUUGUGCAGCAUUAUUUCUUUAGCAUCAUGGGAGAGAACCUUACAACAAGGGUGAGAAGGAUGAUGCUUGCAGCAAUCCUCAGGAAUGAAGUGGGCUGGUUUGAUGAGGAAGGGAACAAUUCCAGCCUCGUCGCGGCUCGCUUAGCAACAGAUGCGGCCGAUGUGAAGUCUGCCAUUGCUGAGAGGAUUUCUGUGAUAUUGCAGAACAUGACUUCGCUUCUCACCUCCUUCAUUGUUGCUUUCAUCAUUGAGUGGCGGGUGUCUCUCCUUAUCCUUGCAACCUUUCCUCUCCUGGUACUCGCUAAUUUUGCACAGCAACUUUCUUUGAAAGGGUUCGCCGGUGAUACAGCAAAGGCGCAUGCUAAAACAAGCAUGAUAGCUGGGGAAGGAGUGAGCAACAUACGCACGGUCGCAGCUUUCAAUGCCCAGGACAAGAUCCUCUCCCUCUUCCGCCACGAGCUCCACCUUCCCCAGACCCAAAGCCUCCGCCGCAGUCAGUCCUCUGGUUUUCUCUUCGGGCUCUCCCAGCUCGCCCUCUAUGGAUCCGAGGCUCUCAUUCUCUGGUACGGGGCCCACCUCGUCAGCCAAGGCACGUCCACCUUCUCCAAGGUCAUCAAGGUCUUUGUCGUCCUUGUCAUCACUGCCAAUUCUGUUGCAGAGACUGUUAGUCUUGCACCCGAGAUCAUCCGUGGAGGCGAGGCUGUAAGCUCUGUCUUCUCGAUCCUGGACCGAGCAACAAAGAUCGAUCCGGAUGACCCAGAAGCUGAACCUGUCGAGUCGAUCCGCGGCGAGAUCGAACUCCGGCACGUCGAUUUCGCCUAUCCAUCUCGGCCUGAGAUCAUCAUCUUUAAGGAUCUCAACCUCCGGAUCCGGGCAGGGCAGAGCCAGGCACUUGUAGGUGCCAGUGGGUCCGGUAAGAGCUCUGUCAUCGCGUUGAUUGAACGGUUCUAUGAUCCGAUGGCAGGGAAGGUCCUGAUUGAUGGGAAGGACAUUCGGCGGCUGAAUUUGAAGUCGCUCCGGCUAAAGAUUGGAUUAGUGCAGCAGGAGCCGGUGUUGUUCGCUGCAAGCAUUCUCGAGAACAUAGCUUAUGGGAAGGAUGGGGCAACGGAGGCGGAGGUAAUCGAGGCUGCGCGGGCCGCCAAUGUCCACGGGUUUGUGAGCGGUCUGCCAGAUGGGUAUAAAACACCCGUCGGGGAGAGAGGGGUGCAACUGUCAGGUGGCCAGAAGCAGCGGUUAGCGAUUGCGAGGGCAGUGCUGAAGGACCCAGCAGUGCUGUUGCUGGACGAGGCGACAAGCGCGCUCGAUGCUGAAUCAGAGUGCGUGCUGCAGGAGGCAUUGGAGAGACUGACGAGGGGACGGACAACGGUGCUCGUUGCGCACCGGUUGUCUACGAUUAGGGGGGUGGAUAGCAUUUCUGUGGUCCAGGACGGGCGCAUUGUAGAACAAGGCAGUCAUUCGGAUCUGAUUGGCAGAGCAGAUGGUGCGUAUUCGCGGCUCUUGCAGCUGCAGCACCAUCAAAUUUGAAUGACUGCCUUUUGCUUAUUUUUCUAUGUAUUUCUUCUGCUUUCCC